UACAGAAAUGGAGGACAACACAUGCCGCAGCAAUCGAGAACAACUGGGACUUCAGUUCACCAUUGACUACCUAUUGUACAAUAAGGGACGCAACACUGAGAGAGCAGAACUAGAGCACAAUGUCCCUCCAUCUGAAUGUCUUCAAACCACAGUCAACGAAACCGAGCAAAAAACUCUCUCAGAACAGGAUAGUGAAAAAUCUGAGGACCAGGAAAACGAAGAUAACGAAUGUGAAGAGGAACAUGAGAAGACGAAUCUGAAGAGUGAAGGAACGGAUGAGAAGCCAGCGCAGUCUUACAUUGCCCUCAUUUCCAUGGCCAUCUUGGAUUCAGAAGAAAAGAAACUCCUGCUAUGUGAUAUUUACCAGUGGAUCAUGGAUCACUAUCCUUACUUCAAAAGCAAGGACAAGAACUGGAGAAACAGUGUCAGACACAAUCUCUCUUUGAACGAGUGCUUCAUCAAAGCCGGCCGCAGUGACAAUGGCAAGGGCCAUUUCUGGGCUAUUCAUCCAGCCAACUUUCAAGACUUCUCUAAUGGGGACUACCACCGGCGACGAGCCCGGAGAAGGAUCCGUAGAGUAACGGGGCAGCUGCCCUUCACGCUGCCUGCGCAUUACCAAACCCUUGGCCGCCUAAAACGGACACCGUGUUGGUGUUGUCCACCAACCCAUCCGUUAAUGAUGAGCUUCUCGCCCAGAGUCUAUUGGAGCUGGGCUGCACUUCAGGCACAUCACACACCAUCCCUUCAUGGACUGAUUUAA